AACAUGGCUCCCGCCAAGAAGAUCCAGAAGAAGAAGGUGGUCAAGAAGUUUGCGAUUGACUGCUCGCAGCCGGUCGACGACGGCAUCAUGGAUGCCGCGUCCUUUGAGAAGUUCCUGCUCGACAAGAUCAAGGUGAAUGGCAAGGUUGGCAACCUCGCCGACCUUGUGACGGUCUCCCGCGAGAAGGCGAAGGUGAUUGUCUCUGCCGAGACGGACUUCUCCAAGCGCUAUCUCAAGUACCUCUCCAAGAAGUACCUGAAGAAGCAGCAGCUGCGCGAUUGGCUGCACGUCAUUGCCAACAAGAAGGACUCGUACGAGCUCCGGUACUACAACAUCCACGACAACGAGGCCGACGAGGACGAGGACUAAGCGGGCCCCCGCGCACUUUCUCCCGGAAUUGCGGCCAGUGACGUCCGCGGCGGAGGUCGGCCGACGACGUUCGGCAACCCGGCGGCUCGCCGGCCCUCCGCCGCCGCGCACGCGCUGUCUGCCCGAGGUUCGUGGUGGCGUGCCCACGAUAAUCCCCCGGGCGGAAUCGCCGCACCUGGCCUCACGGAUAACACUAGUACCGCCAAAAGUGACCACCAUAUCUUGUGCGUAUUCUGU